AUGGCAGAUCCUUCCUGGACUGAAGGAGUCCCCAAUGAGACAGCUGCCUGGGGCAGUCUGGAAGCUGACUUCCAGUAUUCCUUGUUUACGGUCAUCUACAGUGUUGUCUUCAUGCUGGGGCUGAUAGAGAAUGCCUUGGCUCUGUACCUGCUGUCCUGCAGAGUGAAGCACACCUCUCAUUCCUACGUCUUCAUGAUUAAUCUAGCCCUGGUAGACACCUUGUUUGUUUGUGUGUUGCCUUUUAAAAUUCAUUACCACCUGAAGCAGAACAACUGGAUCUUUGGUGACGUUGCUUGUCGGGUGACUGGGACGUUGUACUACAUCAACAUCUAUCUCAGCAUCGCCUUUUUCACCUGCAUUUGUGUUGAUCGCUACAUUGCAGUGUUGCACCCCUUCAGGUACAUCCGUAUCAGAGCCUUCCAUUACGUGCUGGUGGUCGCAGUCCUUUGGGCGGUCGCUCUAAGCGUCACGGUUCCGCUUAUCCUUGGAGGCCCGCUCCACAACAGCGGUGCGAGGAACACGACGGCGUGUUUUGAGAACUUUGCUACGAGCAGCUGGACUUACCGCAUGGCACCUUACAACAUCCUGGCCUUGGUUUUUGGGUUUGUGAUCCCCUUUUCCAUCAUUCUGAUCAGCUACCCACUCAUCGCGAAGAGGAUCUCCCAGAUCAAACGCAGCAUUCGCAAGAGGAAGGCCCUGAGCACUAUCUGCAUCAUCUUGGUCAUUUGUACUUUGUGCUUUCUCCCCUAUCACCUCACUCACUUGCUCCACUUUUUAAUGAGAAUCCAGGUCAUCCAGAACGAGGCGCUUACCAGCUUGAUCUACAAGAUGCGAAGGGUCACCCUAGCCCUGGUGAGUUUGAACUGUUGCCUUAACCCGCUCUUGUACUACUUCACCUCCUCCAGCAAGCGCUGCUACCUCAACUGCAAGCUCAGGUUCAGGUCCAAGAGGGUGUACACCAUCUGCGACCAGAAAUUCGAGGAGUGCUCCUAUGUUUAUAAACUACAGCAGAGGCACGGAAAUAAAAAACAGAGAGGUGGCAUCAACGGAUCUGCUUAA